UCUCCCGCAUCCACCGUUGGAGCUUGCCCCACGUCUCUUACGGCGGCAUAGCUUGGGCAACUGAACGGAUCAGACCCUUUAAAGCUGCCCUGCAUGGCCACGCGUAGCCGUCUUAAUCACUUUGCUAAUCCCAUACACACAACUAACCGCUGCGCAGCUCCAGACACCCUCCAGCACCCCUCUCGAUCCCUAUAGCUCACCAUGCCGGCCCCCGCAGUGUCAGACAGCAAGGCGCACAAGUUCAACCCUACCUUCACACAACAGGUCCUCGCCGCAACAGGGCCCAACGUCAAUCCCCGCGUUAAGCAGCUCACACACAGCCUGAUCCAGCACCUGCACGACUAUGCGCGCGAGAAUGAACUCACAGUCGACGAAUGGAUGGCAGGCGUCGAGCUCAUGAACGAAGCAGGCCGCAUGUCCGACUCCAAGCGCAACGAAGGCCAACUCCUCUGCGACGUGCUGGGCCUGGAGUCCCUCGUCGACGAAAUCACAUACAAGCUCGCCACUGACGCGGCCGACGAGCCCACCGCCACCGCCAUCCUGGGCCCUUUUUACAGGCACAACGCACCGCAGCUCGCCAUGGGCGAGUGCAUCGUGCAUGGCAUCGAGUCCGGGGACCGGACGUGGAUGCACGGCACCGUCACAGACUUCUCCACCGGCCAGCCGCUCGCCGGCGCGGUCAUCGAUGUCUGGCACACAGCGCCCAACGGGCUGUACGAGCAGCAGGAUCCGGACCAGCCGGACAUGAAUCUGCGCGGCCGCUUCACAACGGGCGAGGACGGGAAGUACGAUUUCUACUGCCUAAGGCCGGUGCCGUAUCCCAUUCCGUUUGAUGGGCCUGCAGGCAAGGUGCUGAAGGCGCUGGAUCGCCAUCCGUUCAGGCCGGCACACAUCCACUUCUUGCUCACAGCCCCCGGUCACAAGCCCAUUGUGACACAAAUCUUCGAUCGCAGCAGCAAGUACAUCUCCGACGACGCGGUGUUCGCAGUCAAGGAUUCGCUGUUGGUGGACUUUGUGCCGUUCGAGGGCGAUCCCAAGGCCGAAUUUGAGCUGCCGUAUGAUUUCAAGAUGGCGGCGUUUGGGGAGGCGACGGAGGGGUCCACGGAGGAGAGUGCUGCUGCAUAGGUGUGCGGGAGAUUUGUAGUAUACCCGAAAUGGAAGUGAUUAUCGGGCAUUGAUUCUGGAUGGUCAGAUGUGUAAUGGGGGUUCGGGUGGCG